AUGAACUACCCUCACGAUCAUCCAGCGGCGCCGCAGCCGGCACCGAGGCAGCAGCCUGUUAAACCCGUUGCUGCAGCCACCGCUGCAAAUGCCGCCGCUCGGCCGAGACAGCGAUGCUCGCAACCGAUGCCCUUUGACCCAGAGGAAUUAUCCCAGAAACUCGCCAAAGUACUCAUCGAUCAAAAACUACAUGCGGAAAGAAGACGACGAGCCAGAGCAGAGGCUGCCGCCGCCGCUGCCGCCGCCGCUGCUGCAGGAGCUGCUGUACCGCAGAGCCCACUCUCGCCAACGCACCCAAACUACACGAGCAUGGCGAGGGAAUACCUUGACCAAGGCUCCGUGAGGCCCGGGAAUCGUCACUCCAUGAUCAACCCCGCCACCAGGCCGCGCACGGAGCCGACGGCGAUCAAGAGGAAGCCCGUCCCGUCUAGAGACAGAACGGACACCGGUACUACUGUGCACCCAAAGUCCAAGACCCCCGAAGACAACAGGAGUUCCAAAUCCAAGGACUCGUCCACCUCAAAAAGCCCUCCCAGACGUAAGGGCUCGAGCGACAAACACCACCACUACAUUCCACAGUUUGCCGCAACACAGUUCGCGCGCACCACUGCUGCCGCCGAAGGCAUGCCGGAGGGCAAGGGCCUCGUCCACAAGCUCUCGCGUACGGCUCUGAAGAUUGCACAGGCACACCGGGAGCGGCACCAACCAGAGUACGUCAAAGAUGAAGCGGGCAAUCACCAUAACAGAAACGACUAUUCGCUGUACGACAAGAAGCAUCACAGAUAUACUAUCCAAGGUGCCCCCGCCGGCGUCGCGAGCCUGGGAGUCGACGAUCACCAGGCCAGGGCCGCCAGGCGCCUCACCACCGGAGACCUGUUGAUGACCUGGGACUCGGGCCCGUCUUCGCCGAACCCCUACGGCUACGACAGCCCCGGGGUGCCGGACCAUGAUCCGUACGAGCAUCGCGUCGACUGGACACAGAGCGACCAGCUGCGGCACGAACAAGACGAACAGCAGCAGCAGCAGCAGCAUCAGCAGCAACAACAGGCACAACAGCAAAAGUCCAAACAUCCGCUUCGCAAAGCCGACUCUCUCUGGGCCAUCAAGAAUCGAUGGGGCGCCUUCACCAAGCACAAGCAAGAAGAGACGCAACAACGGUCGAGGGAUGGGAGCCCGCCGUCCGAUACACCGCAGAGGUCGCCCAAGAACAAUUUCUUUGCACGGUUCAAAGUUAACCAUUGA